AAAGACAUAAAAAUAUACUUGGAAAAUGCAUUAUUAGACAUUACUGGUUGAAAAAUGGAAGUGUGCAGUACAAAAUAUGAAUACUCUAUCGUUACUUCUUUUCCUGUGGUUGCUCAACUGGACUGUUCUAUAUGAAAUAAAGGAGGAACCUUUCCCAGUUCAGCUACUUAUAGAUACUCCACACUGCAAUAUUUCACCUGGUGUGUUCAAGGAUAUUUUCACAGUAUGGAACUGUUCAGAACUUGGAUAUCAAGAAAUUAUAGGACAUUGUGGAAGCUUUCUUACAAUGCCAAUACCCAUAAAGCCAUAUCAGAUUCCCACCUUAUCAAAGAAUACUGGAAUUUCCAAAAUAAUGUUACAUAACAAAGAUAUAUAUUUAGCAAAUGCAGAAUGUUGCAUCAUGGAUUUUUAUUCAUUUAACCUAUUGUCAAAAAGUGAACUUACAGUUUGUGAUAUUGUUAUUGUUAUGGGCAAGAGUAAAGUUUUGCAUUAUUCAAGGAGAGGCAAACUUUUUAAAAGAUCAGCAAAACAAAAUUACAAAUCUUUGAGAUUGUCAAAGAAGAGAGGAAGUGAUGGAGAGAGUUCAAAUUUCACUGGUGCUAUGAUUUAUAACUCCACUGUGAGGAUUUCCAGAGAAGCCAAUGCAACUUCUAUGAAUAGGUCCAAAUUUAAUGAAACUGAAUUGGAAAUCAUAGAGGAAAAACUAGCCUUAAAGUUCUCACAUGAUCCAGAGUGGGCCAUGAUUAGUAUGACCUCCAUCAUUUUGCUUCUCCUGUGUGCUGUAAAAUGCUGUAAACUGACACAGUACAACCAAUCAAAAUUACAGUAUGUGGAUUAUAUUGAUGAUUGGCAUACUUCAACCGUUUAUGAGACAGCAGGGAGAAAAUUCACUUUCUUGGAUAUAUUGAAAAGAUUCAAGAAAAGAAAAAAGAAAAGGCAGAAGAAAAGUGAUGAGAAAGAGAGAUUAAUAUACAACAAAAGAAGCCACAGUGAUGGGGAAGACAAUAUUUUAGAUGAAAGUGAAAAUUUUAUCAACCUAUGACCAGAAGUCUCAAUAGUUCUGUCAGUGAUCAGUCUUAUUUAUAUACAGUCAAACCUGUAUUUUCAAGGGAAAUGAUUAAAAGAUCUAGUAUUUUUCUAAGUACAUUUACAUGCACAAUAGUUCUGAAUCAUUUUCAAGCUUCCUAAUCAGAAUAUGUUCAGUAACACCAUCUUUGUUCAUACAAAUAUUCAGUUAAUAAUUACAUAUCUAUACAAACAUCUUUUGGUAAUUUUUUUUAUUAUGUAUGGGGUUGUUAAAUACUGUGCAUUUGAUUAGAUUAGCUUGUGAAAAGUAGGGCUAAAAGUUACUGAAUUCAGAGGCUCAAACUGCUUCAGGAUUGAAAGUGACUGUGGCAUUACACGGGAUGUUGCUGAAUGCAGAUAAAAUAUAAUGUCAAUUUCUCAGGAGGAAAUUAAACUGUAUAGUUGCAUAUGAAACAAAGUCCCUGAAUACAGAGGGCUGCUAUUGCAGGUUUGACUGUAUAUAAGAUAAAUAGUUUUUGGGUUUCAAAGAGGGAGAUUUUGCUUUGCUUCAACAGGAUGAAGGAUAGAAGGUCAUAUGUAUGCUACAUGUCUACCGAUUAAGAAUGUCUUGAACACCAAUCACCGAAUUAAAUGAAAUUAUAACAAUAAAUGUGUGUAAUAAAAUUAUUUUUAUAUCAAAGGACUAUGUUGGGUAAUAACCAAUAUCUGCCCUCAAAAUCAAACUUUGAUGGAGAAAUCAAUAAUAAUAUAUGUUCUAAACCAGAAGGGGUAUCUGCAGACUUGAGAGUAUUACUUAUUUUCAUCAGCCAUGAUGUCAUAUGUUAGAUAUGACGACAAGAAAAUGACGUAAAUUCAAAUUUUCAAUGAUUUUUAGAGAAUAAUUUAUGUAGAUAUUUUGGUUAAAAGUUAUUGAGCGUAGGUCUUUCCAAGCUCUUUCUUUUGAUAUAUUGUGUAGAAUUAUAAUAUCCAUCAAUAUGUGAAUAUUGUUCUUGAUCAAUGGAUCAAGCUUGCACUCAGUAAAUUCUAUACUCAACAUUGAACAAAUUGUGUCCAUUUUGUCCUUUAUCUUGAAAAUAACAGAAUAUUCAAAUAGUUUGUGACAUCACAGAAACAAGCAUUGACAAUAGCAUACUUCAAAAUUAUAAUAGUUUUUGUCAAUUAAGAAUUUUUUUACAAUAUAUACAAUUGUGUACAUUUCUAAAGACUUUCAAAAUUUGGGGGGAAAAUAUGCUUUUACCAAACAUAGUUCUUUGUACCACUCCCUCACUGUAAACAUUAUUUACACUGAGCUACAACUGUUUCUACAGUUUAGUUAUUGAGGAUUAGAAGGGGUGGGAGAGGGAUUUCUGGGAAGAAACAGCUAAGCAAAAGA